AUGCCACUGCGCUGGCCCGGCGGGAAAUCAGUCGGCAGAACGCCCAUCACGGCCGGCCGUGGUCCACCGCCGGUGCCCAGCGGAGUCGACCAGAGCGCGGGCGCUCGCAGCGGGCGGCUGCUGCGGUGCCGCGCCCGUGGGCCUGGUCUGGGCCUGGCUCUCUUGCUCGCGGCGGCCCGGGGCCCAGACGGCGCCCCCGCGCUUGCUACGCCGAAGCCGCCGAGGGCGGCGAGUGCGGCCCGCGUCCCGGCUCCCGCCGAGCCGCUGGCGCUGCUGCAGUUCGCCGUGCGGUACCGGGACGACGAGAACUCCGAGUACCAUUGGAGAGUGUUGGUUGCCAGGAUUGGGGCGACGCCGGACUUGCGCGCGCAGAUCGUUAAUCUGGCGGAGCUGCACGUCAUCCCGCUGACGCGGGGGGCCUUGACGGACCAGCAGUUGGCCGAGAUCCGGAGGGGGUGCGGGGCGCUCGCCAUGAUGCACGGCGCGGCCGUCGCCCCCGGGGCAGCUGUCGGCUCCGUGGCCGACUGGAGGUUCGCCGAUCCGGCGUUCGCGCUCUUCGGCGACGUCGUGGAGCCCGCGAUCAUCGCGAAUUCCGAUAAGUUC